AUGGUAGAAGAUGAAUCAGGCUGGUCUUUGACCGAAUCCGACCCCUUGGUCUUCACCCAACUCCUCCAAGAAAUAGGCGUCCGAGGUCUACAAGUGGACGACCUCUACUCCCUGGACCCUGAGACCUUGGAAAGCCUACAACCGAUCCACGCCUUGAUCUUCCUGUUUAAAUGGGUCGCCCCGACGGAAACUUCUGAUGCGGAGAAGAAGGAAGAGAACGACGAGGCGAGCAAAAAGAUGGGAGGGCAGUUGGUGUCCUUCGAAGAGAGCCAGGAUUGCGGGGUCUAUUUCGCAAAUCAGGUCAUCAACAAUGCUUGUGCUACGAUAGCGACGGUGAAUGCUGUGAUGAACAUCACUCCACAGGAGGCUGCGAACGAUGGCGAGACCAUCGCACACGGUGCCGAGCUUGAUAACCUUGCAUCGUUCGGAGCGGGGAUGGACGCAAUGACUCUCGGUCACAUCCUCGGUCAAUCCGAACUCCUACGGACGACGCACAACUCCUUUUCCAACUCUUCCCCCUUCUCCAUCUCCCGAGACGCGAUUUCUGACAAGGAAAAGGAGGACGCCUACCAUUUCGUCGCCUAUGUCCCCAAGAUGGGAUGUGUUUGGGAACUGGACGGGUUGAAGAGCGGGGCUGUCAGGCAUGGGAGUUGUGAAGAGGGAGAAGGGUGGGUCAAGAAGGCGACGGAGGUUAUACAGGAGAGGAUCGGGACGUAUCCCGCUGGUUCGCUCAUGUUCAACCUCCUGGCCAUCCGAUCAGCCGCGAUCCCUCGCUUGGAACGACUCAUCGCCUCGCCCGAUACCCCGUCAUCCAUCAUACCUCAGCUUCAAGAAAAUCUGCUUCAAGAACAAGAAAAGCUUCACCGGAUGAAGCUGGAGAACGGGCUCAGACGGAGCAAUUUGGUAGGCAUGAUCCUAGAGUGUUUGAAACAGAUGAGCAAGGAGAAGGUCCAGGGGGAUGUGGGAGGGGCGGGGAAAAGCAGGUUGGAAGAGGCGGUAGAGAAGGCGAGGGUGAUCGGGAAGGAGAAACGGGAGAAGAAGAUGAAGGGGAUGGACGUGGACUGA